UCCCUCCGCCCGCGCUGCGCCCCCGGUAGCCUUGCGUAAGCGAGGCCACGAUGGCAGAUGAGAUCGCCAAGGCUCAGGCCGCUCGGCCUGGUGGCGACACGAUCUUCGGGAAGAUCAGUCGCAAGGAAAUCCCCGCCAAAAUCAUUUUUGAGGACGACCAGUGUCUUGCUUUCCAUGACAUUUCCCCUCAAGCACCAACACGUUUUCUGGUGAUACCUAAGAAGCAUAUAUCCCAGAUUUCUGUAGCAGAAGAUGAUGAUGAAAAUCUUCUUGGACAUUUAAUGAUUGUUGGCAAGAAAUGUGCUGCUGAUCUGGGCCUAAAGAAGGGUUAUCGCAUGGUAGUGAACGAAGGCACAGAUGGGGGACAGUCUGUCUAUCAUGUUCAUCUUCAUGUUCUUGGAGGUCGGCAGAUGAAUUGGCCUCCUGGUUAAGUAUGUUUUAGGGAUAAUAUUCCCUGCUGUUGGCAAUGAUCAGUUUUGCAAGUUCUAAUAUGCUAAACAGUACAUUUUAUUUUUGCCUGUGUACGGAGUGAUCUAGGAAAUAAUUUCUAAAACCCAUACAUAAUAAAAGACAUCGUUGCAUGUUCUGAAUUCUGUUUUUGAUUUAUUACUUUAAAAAUAUAUAUGCUGGGAUGUAUGAAGGGAUCAUAAUUUGGUAGUUGUUUUUUUUUUCUCCUCAAGGAGGAUCCACAUAUGUACAUUGUUAUAGUAGUGUGACUGCUCUUUGAAGACAAAUUUAAAAAUUAUAAAUUUAGCUUUAGCUUUGAAAUAUACUUUUAAUCCAGGAGAAAAUUUACUAAUCUAGUUCUCUUAUAAUCUAAGAAUAAAGGAAUAGGUGACAUGAUUGACCCAGAAAGUGACAGUUUUGGGUUUAGAAACAAUGUUUUUUGACCAGGCCAUAUGUUUCCCCUGGAUUGUUGGGAUAAUUUGGAAAGGAUGAAAGUAGUUUUGUCACAGAAUUUUGAUGACCUUUGUGAAACCAUACAUUGGUAUUUCCUUAUCUAAAUUCUGGUUGAAUAUUUAUUAUAAAGACUUGAAAACCUAUUAGAAUUGACUUUACAUUGAAAUUUUAUAGUUUUGAAUGUGUAUGUGCAUGAAUCUGGCUAUGUGAAAUAAAGGAGGGAAUCUCAGA